AUGGAAACUCAACAAAUGCAUGCUCCUCACUCGAGUGAGAAUGUCCCGAAGCGCCCAAAGGGCCUUGUCUGGAGAAAAGGCAUCCUAAAGAAGUCCUCAUCUUCGGUGCAAACGGCUUCUUUCUCGCCACCGGGUGACGCGCCAAUUUCACCAACCUCUCCGCAAUCGCCCUUUAAAGCCCAGUCGCCGGCAGACAACAAGGAGCUAACCCUCCAAAAUACCAUGUACAACGCCGGCAAGCACUACAAUCCGAUAUCGCGGCGCCAGUCGAGUGUCUCCAAGGCCAAUGGUGCUCUAGGCGAAGAUGGAAAUUCGCCAAAGCUGAAAUGGGACGAGGUGAACCUCUACCUGACGGAACAGGAGCGAUCGUCAACGAUGAAGAUCGACGAGCCGAAAACUCCAUAUGUGCCGCAUUACGAUCCCGACCAGGAGGAGGACGAGGACGAUGAUCCGGACGUUGGGGGAAUCGAUGCGGAUGACGUGGCUGUCGAUGAGCUGGAGAUGCAAAAGGCACAGAAGAAAGGUGGACGGAAUCGUCGCGCUCGCGAAGAUGAUAUUCCCGAUUUGGAUCUGGGAGAGCCUGAGGAAAUGCACUGGAACGAUACGGUUGGAGAUUCGAGGAUUACGAGGGCCCGGAGUGUCAGCGACACCAGCGCUUCGGGCAAGCCAGAGAAACAUGUUGUGAUGGGGGAUGAUGCUGGAGAGGGACUUCAUCGCACAGAGAGUUUAGAGGAGAGGGAGAAACACAUUGCAUUUGAGGAACGGAGGAAGAAGCAUUAUGAGAUGGCCAAUGUGAAGGAUUUAUUGGGACAUCCAGAACAAAUGGAUGAAUUGGUGGAAGAUGAAGACACCGCGGACAUCUCCCAACAGCAUCCACCUGUACCCGGACUUCCACAACGGUUUGCGAAAUGA